AUGUGGUUGGAGGAAUGUUUGGACGGGGACAAUCUGUUCGUAGCCAACACCCACGGGAAAAUCCUGGACCGCAUCUCGAACGCGGUUCUCCAACGGGCAACAAUGCACUUCAACACAGCUGUCACGGCGAUUACCAAUUCCCCCGACAAAGACCACCGAGUCGUCGUGCAAACGAAAGACGCCCGUACCUUCGAGUUCGACGACAUCGUGGUGACAGUGCCCCUAGGAACACCGAAAAACCACACUAUCGAAUUCAACCCACCCCUAGCUCCUCAAAUCAGCCGAGCCAUCUCAGAAGCCACGUACAGCAGCUUGGAGAAAGUGUACAUCCGCUUCCCCUCUGCAUUCUGGGACGCAUCCUCCUCUCCGCCAGGACAACCCAGCCUGGAAUCCUUCGCGCACUUCCUCACCCCGGAGUACACCGUGCAAUCAAACCCCGACUCCUGGGACAUUGAGAUCCUCUCGCUCGCCUCGAGCGAGGUCUUCGGCGCAGACAACGCCCAACCGACCCUUCUUUUCCAGCUGUACGGGUCCUGCGCAGCGAAGUUGACGUCGCUCAUCGCGCCACACGAUCCCACUUCUGCGGAAUACUUCCAGAUCAUCAAUGACUUCUUCCAACCGUAUUACAGCCGCCUUCCGAACUACCGGGCCACGGAGCCGGAGUGUCGUCCGGAAGCCGUCCUCGCGACGAACUGGCAGAACGACGAGCUCGCCGGACAUGGCUCGUACAUGAACUUUACGAUUGCCGCGGAGAAGAAGAAGCAGUCGGAGUAUAAGCUGGAAGAGGGAAUUCGGGAUCUGCGAUAA